GUUUAUUUCCAAGAUGGCGACUACAUUUGAUCAAGAACUACGAAAGGCCUUCCAAGAACUCCAAGAAAAAAUGAUUGAGACCACGCAACGUGUCAAGGUGGCAGAAGGUCAAAUUUUGCAACUUCGAAGGAACAUUGCUCAUUCCAAAUUAACGGACCAAGAAUUAGCUUCAUUACCCUCUCAUACACCCACUUAUGAAGCAGUAGGAAGAAUGUUUGUUCUCCAGCCCGUAUCAGAUAUCAGAAAGGACCUUGCUCAGAAACUCCAAAGCAAUGAAGAGAAGAUCAAAAGCAUUGAGGCUAAUAAAGAAUAUCUUCAAAGAAGUGUCAAAGAACAUGAAGAUAAUAUUAGAGAAAUGCUUGCUAGCAGACCAAAAUAGCCUUGCUAACAUCCUGAUAUUUAAUUUUUUUAUCUCAGACUUACCUUACCUUGAGCUUGAGUCAAGAGGGGUGCCUGGGUUUUUUGUCCCUUACCCUGCCAACUUUUCUUUCUUCUGUGAUUUUUUUUAUUCAAAAUAAGGGGGGGGGGGGCCCUAGGACCCCAUGGCCCCUCCCCUAGAUCUGCCACAGCCUUAGAUUAUCUUGCAUUACCAUUUUUGAGGAAGAUAUCAGAGUGGAGCAGUGGAUGGAAAUACAAGUGGUUAAAGGCAGAAAGUUUCUUGGGUUGUAUAAAAUUACAUUUACCAAUUUUAGGCUGAUGAUGAAGAUAAAGGCUGGCUGUUGCUAUUAAUGGUCUUUGUUACUAGAAAAGGAUAAUGCUCCUCAAGUUAUGGAAAAUUGUCAUUCUGCACAUGGUGUGUUUUGAUUAUAUUUUGUGUAUCUCA